AUGUCGGCAGCAAACGCCCCCAUCACGAUGAAGGAGGUCUUGACGCUUACUAGCGUUGGGAUCAAUCAGCAAUUCAUCACGUUUAGAAAUGUUACUAUGGAGUCUGACAAGUUUAUAUGCGUGCGAGAGACGUCACCACAAAGCAGUGUUGUGAUUAUUGAUAUGAAUAUGCCCAUGCAGCCUCUUGUUGAUAUGAUUAUUGAUAUCACUACAGAUUCUGCUCUUAUGAACCCUAACUCUAUGAUCCUUGCCUUGAAAGCUCAAGUUCAAGGAACUACUCAGGAUUCUCUACAGAUAUUAAACAUUGAGGCACAAUCAAAGCUGAAAUCACACCAGAUGCCUGAGCAGGUUGUGUUUUGGAAGUGGAUUACACCCAAGAUGUUGGGGCUGGUCACACAAAACUCAGUGUAUCAUUGGUCUAUUGAAGGUUGUGAUUCUGAGCCAGUUAAGAUGUUUGAUAGAGCAACCAAGUUGGCAAACAAUCAAAUUAUUAACUACAAGUGCUCUCUUAAUGAGAAAUGGUUGGUGUUAAUUGGAAUCGAACCUGGCUCCCCUGAGAGACCACAAUUGGUCCCUGGAAAUGAGAAUCCUUCUACCCUUAUAUCCUUUGCAACCAAGAGCUUUAAAGCUGGGAAUAUAACAUCAAAGUUGCACGUCAUUGAGCUUGGUGCACAACCUGGAAAGGCAUCAUUUACAAAAAAGCAGGCAGAUCUCUCUUUUCUACCAGAGUUUGCUGAUGAUUUUCCUGUUUCCAUGCAGAUCUCUAACAAGUUUAGCUUGAUAUAUGUAAUCACCAAGUCUGGCUGGUUGUUUGUAUAUGAUCUAGAGACUGCUUCUCCUAUCUACAGAAACAGGAUAAGUCAAGACCCAAUUUUCUUGACUUCUGAAGCCUCUUCUGUUGGGGGUUUCUAUGCCAUUAAUAGACGUGGACAAGUUCUUUUGGCUACUGUAAACGAGGCUACUAUAAUACCUUUCAUUAGUGGUCCAUUGAAGAAUAUGGAACUUGCUGUCAAGCUUGCUAAAAGAGGAAACCUCCCUGGUGCAGAAGAUCUGGUUGAAAAGCAUUUCAAAGAGCUGUUUGAUCAAAGGAAGUACAAGGAGGCUGCUGAGCUUGCUGCUGAAUCUCCUCAGGGAAUUCUAAGAAUACCUGAUACAGUGGCCAAGUUUCAGAGUGUUCCUGUAAAAGCUGGGCAAACUCCACCAUUGUUACAGUAUUUUGGGACUCUUUUAACUAAUGGGAAGCUCAAUUCAUAUGAGUCAUUAGAACUAUCACGCCUUGUUGUGAAUCAAAACAAGAAGAACCUGGUGGAAAACUGGUUAACAGAGGAUAAGUUAGAAUGCAGUGAAGAACUUGGAGACCUUGUCAAGGCUAAGUACACACCUGAUUACAUGUUUCUUCUGCAAACCAUACUACGUACAGAUCCUCAGGGAGCCGGAAAAUUUGCAAAAGCGAUGUCUCAAAUGGAAGGAGGCUGUCCACUUGACAUCAACACCAUCACUGAGCUUUUUCUUCAGAGAAAUCUAAUCAGAGAAGCUACUGAUUUCCUUUUGGAUGUGCUGAAGCCAAAUUUACCUGAGCAUGCUUUUCUUCAAACUAAGGUUCUGGAGAUCAAUUUAGUAACCUUUCCUAACGUGGCUGAGAUGAUUUUAGCAACAAAUAUGUUCAGCCACUAUGACCGUCCUCUUGUUGCUCAGCUUUGUGAAAAGGCUGGAGUUUAUAUCCAAUCUUUAAAGGAUCCUGAGAUUAACUUCAAGUACAUUGAAGCAUCUGCAAAGACUGGUCAAUUAAAGGAGGUUGAGCGUGUGACUAGAGAGUCUAACUUCUAUGAUGCUGAAAAGACUAAGAACUUUUUAAUGGAAGCUAAGCUUCCUGAUGCACGACCUUUGAUAAAUGUCUGUGACCGUUUCGGCUUUGUUCCUGAUCUUACUCAUUACCUCUACAUAAACAACAUGCUACGUUAUAUUGAAGGUUAUGUUCAAAAGGUGAGCCCUGGGAAUGCUCCUUUAGUUGUGGGACAGUUGCUUGAUGAUGAAUGCCCUGAAGAUUUCAUAAAAGGUCUCAUCAUCUCUGUGCGUUCAUUGCUACCUGUUGAACCUCUUGUGGAGGAAUGCGAGAAGAGGAACCGUCUACGUCUCCUCACUCAGUUCUUGGAGCAUUUAGUUAGUGAAGGAAGCCAAGAUGUGCAUGUGCAUAACGCCUUGGGUAAAAUCAUCAUCGACAGUAACAACAACACUGAGCAUUUCCUGACCACCAACCCUUACUAUGACUCUCGAGUUGUUGGUAAGUACUGCGAGAAACGUGAUCCUACACUUGCUGUUGUGGCAUACAGAAGAGGAACAUGUGAUGAGGAACUCAUCAAUGUCACCAACAAAUACUCUUUGUUUAAAUUACAAGCGAAGUAUGUAGUGGAGAGGAUGGAUGAUGAUCUCUGGGAGAUGGUUCUUGAUGAAAAGAAUGAGUAUAGAAGACAACUUAUUGACCAAGUUGUGUCUACUGCUUUACCUGAAAGCAAGAGCCCAGAGCAAGUUUACUCUGCUGUUAAGGGAUUCAUGGAAGCUGAUUUGCCUCAUGAGCUUAUUGAGCUUCUUGAGAAGAUAGUGCUUCAGAACUCUGACUUCAGUGGGAAUUUCAAUCUGCAGAAUCUUCUGAUAUUGACAGCUGUUAAGGCAGAUACAUCUAGAGUUAUGGAUUAUGUUAACAGGCUGGACAACUUUGAUGGACCUGUUUUUGGAAAAAUGGCGGUAGAAGCUCAACUAUUUGAGGAAGCAUUUGCUAUUUUCAAGAAGUUUAACUUGCAUGUUGACGCUGUCAACGUGUUGCUGGAUAACAUCAAAAGCAUUGAGCGUGGUGCUGAGUUUGCUUUCAGGAUUGAAGAAGAUUCUGUGUGGAGCCAAGUUGCAAAGGCUCAACUCAGGGAAGGACUAGUCAGUGAUGCAAUUGAGUCAUUCAUCCGUGGUGACGACGCUACUCAUUUCUUGGAGGUCAUACGUGUUGCUGAAGAUGCUAACGUCUAUGAUGAUGACUUGGUCAGAUACCUUUUGAUGGUUAGAAACAAGGUGAAGGAAGUUAAGGUUGAUAGUGAGCUCAUCUAUGCAUAUGCAAAGAUUGAUAGGUUAAAUGAGGUUGAAGAGUUUAUUCUGAUGCCAAACGUUGCUAACUUACAAAGUGUUGGUGAUCGCCUCUAUGAUGAAGCUUUAUAUGAAGCUGCUAAAGUAAUCUAUGCGUUUGUAUCAAACUGGGGAAAGCUAGCUGUCACGCUUGUGAAGCUGCAACAGUUUCAAAGUGCUGUUGAUGCUGCAAGGAAAGCAAAUAGUGCAAAGACUUGGAAGGAAGUGUGUUUUGCUUGUGUUGAUGCAGAGGAGUUCAGGUUGGCCCAAAUCUGUGGCCUCAACAUUAUCAUUCAGGUGGAUGACCUGGAAGAAGUCAGUGAGUUCUACCAAAACAAAGGGUGCUUCAAUGAACUAAUCUCACUUAUGGAGAGUGGACUUGGGCUUGAACGUGUUCACAUGGGUAUCUUCACUGAGUUAGGUGUACUCUAUGCUAGAUAUCGUCAUGAGAAGCUAAUGGAACACAUCAAGUUAUUCUCCACUCGUCUCAAUGUUCCCAAGCUUAUACGAGCCUGUGAUGAGCAACAACACUGGCAAGAACUAACCUAUCUCUACAUCCAAUAUGAUGAGUUUGAUAAUGCUGCGACCACUGUGAUGAACCAUUCUCCUGAAGCGUGGGAGCACACGCGGUUCAAAGAGAUUGUUGCCAAGGUUGCAAAUGUUGAAGUUUACUACAAGGCUGUGCACUUUUACUUACAGGAGCAUCCGGAUAUGGUCAAUGAUCUUCUCAACGUGCUUGCUUUGCGGUUAGAUCAUACACGUGUUGUUGAUAUUAUGAGGAAGGCUGGUCAGUUGCGUCUUAUUAAGCCAUACAUGGUUGCAGUUCAGAGCAAUAACGUCACUGCUGUUAAUGAAGCUUUGAAUGAGAUGUACGUGGAGGAAGAAAACUAUGAUAGGUUGCGUGAGUCUAUUGAUUUACAUGACAGCUUUGACCAGAUAGGCCUCGCUCAGAAGAUAGAGAAACAUGAGCUAGUUGAAAUGAGACGUGUGGCUGCUUAUAUCUACAAGAAAGCUGGUAAAUGGAAGCAAUCAAUUGCAUUGUCAAAGAAAGAUAACUUGUACAAAGACUGUAUGGAAACUGCUUCACAAUCAGGGGACAAUGACUUAGCAGAACAGCUACUAGUUUACUUCAUUGAACAGGGGAAGAAGGAAUGUUUUGCUACAUGUCUCUUUGUAUGCUAUGAUUUAAUCAGACCAGACGUUGCUCUAGAACUUGCAUGGAACAACAAUAUAAUCGACUUCGCCUUCCCUUACCUUCUCCAGGUAAUGCGAGAGUACACAGGCAAAGUGGAUGAGAUAAUCAAGGACAAGCUGGAGGCACAAAAAGAGGUGAAUGCCAAAGAACAGAAAGACAAAGAAGUCAUGUCCCAACAGAACAUGUACGCACAACUGUUGCCACUAGCUUUACAGGCACAACCGAUGCAACUAGCUUUACCGCCACCACAACAAAUGGGAGGGAUGCCUCCCAUGCCACCAUUUGGAAUAGUGCCACAAAUGGGUGGCUAG